AUGGCGGGGACGCUGCAAGUAGCCCAGCUCUCUGCCGCGGCGCGCGCCACCCGUGCCAAUUCGGCCCUGCUCGUGGUGCGCUUGGCAUCGCCUUGUCUGGCGGACCGCCUGCACGGGGGAGGCUGCCGACCUGAGCCUUCAAAGUGGGCGCUGGCAGGGGCUCGCCACGCCAAGCUGCUGGAUCACAGCACGUCCUGUGCAUCCGUGCGCGAAAAGGCGGCGGGCGCAGCAGUCCGGCCGGGGCUCGGGGCGGCGGCCCGUGCAUGA